AUGUGCGCAGUCACUCACCGGUCGAUUGAUUGCUUGCUCGCGCCUGUGAAUCUGCCUCGCGCUUCCCUAGCUAUGUCUUCUUCUAGCGAUCGCUCUCCCAAGCCCUAUCUACCGCUCCGCCCCAGUGAUGGAGCGAUGGGAAAUAUUUAUAGGGUUCUUGGAAUUCCCAGUCGUCACAGCAAGGGCAUGUAUAACGUGGACGCCAUGGCCCAUUUCGCCCGCUCUCUCUUGCGCAGUCUUUCAGGGCCAAAGGCGACGGCUCCGUCAUCGUCACCAACCUGUCCUUGUGAUGUAAUAGAAAAGGUUUACAAAGAGACGUCCGUCCGUACGGCACCACUGGAAUGCACUGAGGCCGCCGCCCAGUUGAUUCGAUCAUGCGAAACUAUCACAAUGGCCAGGAAGCUACACGCGUGGCUUCGGGACACGUGUCAUGAAUCCGACGGCCCCUACAUCUGGAACCUCGUCGUGCAGAUGUACGGCUCUUGUGGCGGCCCCGUCGAUGCCAGGAUCGCGUUUGACGGCAUCCGGCACAAGAACAUCUUUUCGUGGGUGAUGAUGCUCACAGCAUAUGCCCGAAAUGGGCAUUUGCGGGAAUCGAAAGGAAUCUUUGAUGCGAUGCCAGCAUGGAAUUUUGUAGCAUUUACAACAAUGCUCUCUGCUUUUUCCAGAAACGGGAAUCUAGACGACGCCAAACGCUUGUUUGAUUCUUUAGAGGAAACCAAUCUUGUAGUGUGGAAUGUGAUUCUCACCGCACAUUGCCGUGACGGGAAUCUGGAGGAUGCAGUGGGGAUAUUCCGACGAAUGCCGGCGCUAGAUAUUCUGUCGUGGACGUCGUUGCUGGCGGCAUUUGCCCAGAGAGGGCAAUCGCAGGAGUGUCACCGUUUGUUUCACUCGAUGCCCGAGUGGGAUCUUGUCGCUUGGACGGCUGUAAUUAGUGCUUGCUCUAAUGUCAAUGAGUCUAAAAGAAUGCUUAAUAGCAUGCCAGUCACAAAUCUUUCCUCUUUAAAUGCAAUGCUCGCAGCAUAUGCCUUACAUGGGAAUAUAGAACAGGCAAAGAAUCUCUUCGACAAAAUGCCCGAACAUAACGCUCUCUCUUGGAAUAUCGUACUAGCCAUGUAUGCGCAGCAUGGGUAUUUUAGAAAAUCAAAGAAAGUUUUUGAUGAGCUAAAAGAUGCUGACCUGAUCUCGUUCAAUACCAUGCUCUUGGCAUACACCCAAGCAGGGGAUAUUCAGAAGGCAAAGAAGUUUUACGACUCAAUGCAGUAUCACAGCAUGGUAUCCGUGAACACUUUGCUUUCCGCAUAUGCCCAACAUGGUUUCAUAGACGAGGCCCAAGUGUUGUUUGAUUCGGCGCCUGAAAAAAGUUCUGUGUCAUGGAACUCUAUUUUGCUAGCAUAUGCCCUGGCUGGGCAGCACGAAAGAGUCGAACGAAUCUUCGAAUCAAUGCCAGAAACCAACAUUGUCUUGUGUAAUGUUUUCCUUGCGGCUUAUGCACGCGUCGGAAAAAUCGAGAAAUGUCGCCAAGUUUUUGAUGGAAUGAACUACACGAAUCUAUUCGCGUGGAACACACUGCUCGCAGCAUAUACCCAACUUGGGCACAACGAUGAAUCUAAGCAAAUUUUUUAUGCCAUGCCCGAGCACAACCUGGUAUCACUAAAUGCCUUCCUUUUGGGCCGGUCUGUGUGGGAGACACAAAGAAUGUUCUCCUGGAUGCCACAGAGAGACAUGGUGGCGUGGAACACCAUGCUGCAGGCAUAUACCCAGCACGGGCAUAUGCGGCCGGCCCGGAAAUUAUUCUCCGUGAUGCCCGACCGGAAUCUGGUCUCGUGGAACGCCAUGCUGGCCGGAUAUUCCCAGAACAAGCUCUCGCGCGAGAUUAAAAGCGUCUUCCACGCCAUGGUGAUGGGCGACAUUUUCCCGAACGAGAUCUCCAUGCUGUCCAUGAUUUGUGCUACGAGCCACUCGGGCGAGGUGAGCUCCGGCCUGGGAUGCUUCCGCUCGAUGAUCGUGGAUUUUGGGCUGGAACCAUCCAAGCGGCACUUUUGCUGCGUUGUUGAUAUGCUUGGACGAGCUGGACACUUGGAAGGCGCUCACAGUCUCGUUCAAUCCAUGCCUUUUGCUCCCGAUUCUUUCGAGUGGACGAGCCUGCUUGGAGCUUACCACAGCUCCACCACUCGAGAAAGGAUUACUGCCCAGGAAGUUCUCGAUUUGGAGCAACUGGAUGGAGCUGGCUAUGUGUUGCUCGCAAACACUGGUCUUAACGUAGGAGCUCAUUGA